GGAAUGCUCUUCGGAUUUAGUUGAAGAAAGUCUCGGACAUCAUGGACAUCAACGUCGAUGACUUCAUGCGGCGAUCCACGACCGGUUAUAACUUUCAGUACAUCAACGUCAGUGACCUGGAUCGAAUAAUUCGCAAUGUUCAGCGAAGUCCCGAUGAACGAAUCGAGACGGAACCCGUGCAGGACAUUCCCGUCAAACCGGACCAGACUGGCAACGUGCGAAUGCUAUCCGAUGAGGAAAUUAACGAAAUUCUAAGUGCCGCCGAGCUGGAUCUUCAGGAAGAGCAACUGUCCGACUCGGGUAGAUCAACUCCGAUCGCAGAACAGCAUGGUAGUGAUACUUCAAAGGCGACUUCUUCAAGCACUUCUUCCGCUUCGUCCAUCAUUUGCUCGUCGUCGAAGGAGCUGACGAAACGUGGUUCAGAUGAUGUUGCCGAUAUCGAGGACAAUUUGACUUUUGAGGACGACUAUACUUUCAAUGACUUUGCGAUAACGUCCAGUGAGUCCCAGGAAAAGGUUGCACAGCAGCGACGUCGAGAAGUUCAGCCUUCGAUCGAGUCGUCCUGCUUCGAGUUUAUGGAUUCGGAAUCGAUCAUUGAGGAGGUGAUCUUGGAACACGACGACAACGACGGUGAUGGGGAUUCUGAAGGAUCGGUCAAUGUGGCGCCGAUCAUAAGAGUGCGAUCGCCGAUCAAGCCGGCGUCGGCAAUCAUCAAAACCUACGAACAAGAGUGUCCAGAUCCGGUUAAUCCGGUUAAGCCGAUACUUGAUUUCACGGCCAUCGAACGAGCUAGCAGAAGCAGUAAGGGAAGCAAACGGUCUUUUGGUCAGAGGAUUCCUUCUGGGGAACGAAUGCGGCGACCUGCUUCGAGCAAGUCGCUGAUGGAGGAAUUUGAUACGUUCAUCAAAAUUACGGAGCUGCAGAAGAAAAUUUGCCUGCUGAUUGACGACGUCCGACAUUGCUUGGGAAAGGUGGAAGAGCCCGAAGAUGAGCUGGAGCAUAAGAAACGGGAGAAACGUACGGCGGAAUUUCAGAUUCGAUUUCAGCGGAACUACCUGUACCAGAUUAAUCGACUCGAAGAGGACGUAUGCGUGAUAGAUAAAAAAGCUUCUGAGUUUGCUCAGAAGGUUUACCAGCUCUACAGGCUGCUCUACCAAGGGUGGAAGUUUUACUUGAAAAAUAUGAAAUAUUUUGUGAUUAGUGUAAGUCCGGAAAAGCUGUGGACGCUAGUUAAGUCAGUGAUGAGUUCAACGAAGGUGUGCGUGCAGAAGGAAAUCUUCGACGAAGAUGACCUGAUAGUCGAGGAAAUCUUUGAAAAGUGUCACCUAUUAAGGCACCGUCUGAAGGAAGAAGCUAGCAAAUUGAAGUGUAAGUCAAACAGGGUGAAGUCCUCGAAAGCGUUACCAACCAAACCCCCCACGGCCUCCAUCCAAUCCACCAAGUUGGCCAUGUACGGAUCCUUAAGCUGUGCUCCGAAACGUCGCCCACAGUUUCGUACGAGCGCUCCUACAGCUACCAAAGUGCCCAUCAAUCAAAGGAAAUGCCACGCCAAGCAACAACCACCGAAGGAAGCUCCCAUGAAAACACCGCGUAGCAGAAUCAUGGCAGUUCCGAUGAUCAAAUCCAGUUCUUCCUCGCUUGGACACAACAAGAGUAUAACUCGCGUGCGAUCGGCCCGAACUUCAGCGAAAACGAUCGACGAUGUCGUCACGAUGAUCCAGCAGCAAACGGACCCGUUAGCCAAUUCUCGACUGUUGAAGGAAGUGUCCAGCGCUCUGACCAAAAUGUCCACCAGUCGGGACGCCGCCAUCAGUCCCGAAGUGAACCAACAGCUACACCAGCUCAUUAUGGAAACCAUUCAGAACAUCACCCACCAGCAGCUGAAGGAGCUUAUCCCAUCCCUGGAGCGACCAACUGGCAAGUCUAACCACAACAACGAUCGAGCCGGUACGACCGGAGAGGAACCAUCCGUAGUGACCGAAGUUACGGGUGCAACUGACCAGACCAACUGUGCGGAAAAACGUUUUUCCACCAAGCUUCCCGAUCAGAGGAAAACCGACAUCGACGACGCUGAGGAAGGUGGCAAGCGGCAGAGCCACUCCACCGCCUCCAUCACUGCACGAGAUCGCGUGGGCGAUAGUCAGAGUAGUGAUUCCGGAAAGAUGCAGGCAGCUCCAGUUGCCUCACCGCCGAAAGGUGUUGAUUUGGAGAUUAGUGGUGGCAAAAUUUCCCCCAAAUACGGCCACGGGUUGUCUUCGGGCAGUAUCAAGGCUGUCGGAUGCACCCCGGCAGGAAAGAUGCAGCGUGACUUGCUCGGCGAUAGGAAACGGAGCACCCAGCCACUUGGGCCGCGGCAGCAGAAAGUCAACUACUCGCGUAAUAUGCAGUAUCUGGAAAUCGUUUCACCUCCGGAUGAGGAACGGGUCGCUCCUGUGGCAGCGAAACCGGGCAGCAUUCCCGAAGUCCAAUCGCACAUCAAUCUGGCCGAAGAGGUGGCCCAGAAGCAACGCCAACAGCGCCGACAGGAGUUGUACGGCCAGCUCAAGAAGCAAGUGUGUCGCGAUCGGAUGCGCACCCUUCGACGGAUGGCGGAAAAUCCAGUCUAUUUGAAUGACCAUUUCGAGGAGCCUUGGCAGACGGUAUCGCGCAUUUCCGAUCGGUUGGUCGAGGAGUUGAUGGUCGACCAGGACUUUGGUGAGGCAUCGUUCGUGGAGGAGUUUCUCCGGAUGCAGCUGGACGGAUGACGGCGGUGGAGACGGUGGCGGGCGAAGUUAGAACGGGGUGGGGUUCGGAAUGUAUUUUGAUAGA